AUGGACAACAGCGCCGCACCGGUGGCGCGCAAGAUGUGUCGUGGAUGCCGCACCGAAAAAGACAUCGGCCAGUUUCAUGACCUUCGCGAGAAUCCUCCACGUAAAUUCGACGAACCCGGCCCCCGAUUCACAGGCGACGACCAGGAGACGCCACUGUUAGCCGAAGACAUGGCGACGAAAAGAGAGUUCGACGAAGCGCUUGCCGCAGAGAAGAUGCAGCGAUGCCUGCGUUGCAAGGAGCGUUGGUUCGACAUCAAACUCAUGGCGGACGGCGUUUGCAACCGCGGUUGUUCCCAUCCUCCGAGUGCGGCAGGACUUCAUGGUCGGCGCCAACUCAUGUUCAAGAGAGCAGUUCCCGCUGUUGGUCAGCUAUGCGAUCACUGUCCACAAGCGUUAGAUGCUGUGGCGGGGGUGGAUCCUUCAGAGGAGUUAAGUGGGUUUAUAAGUAGCGACGAGGAGAGUGUAGAGGCAUGA